CCCAUACCUUGUAGUGGUGUGAGUCUACACAGUAAGCCGAAUUAGGUAAUAAUCCGAACCCCACGAUGAUGGGCAGUUAACGAGUCAAGAUGUUGCUGCCUGCGCAGAACGCGUGGCAUAGCAUGAUGUCGAAACUGUAAGAACUACACAGGAAGAUAAGAAGACGUAUAAGAGAUUCAUCAGCCGUGGCCAUCAAUUUAACCAUACGACUGUGACUUUCCCAGCAGUUUCCAGAGAUCAAAGGCAGAAUUCUGCGCUAGUUGAACUAAAUCACCAAUGCCCACCACACCAACCUUUCACGUGAGGGGUCUCAGUGAGAGCCUCGGCGAUGGCCAGUUCGUGAUAGACGCCUACGAUGCCUCACUUCCUCACUUAGCGAGUAUCGGGAGCGGAAAGCAAUGGGGGUCUACGCCAUUUGCAGGACGAACAGACCAAGAAGAGAAGAUCAAAGUCUUUAGGCAAGCGGAACACUACCAAUUGACAGGAGAAGGCCCUCCAGUCCAGAUUUUCAUCGUCGAAGCCGAGAUCCCUUCCUCAGCCGUCGACGAGCUGCCCUCUUCCUUGAAGCUCCGGAAAGACGCUGAUGGGAAAAACUUACUGUCUGUUGGAACUAUGAUGCUGUCGCAGGGGCUAUAUCCGCACUACAUGGCUACUCUGUUCAACCAGGACCCGAUCAAGAAGGAACUCGACGGAACUCGGGAUUACAUAUACCUUGAGGGCCUCAUCACAGACUUUCGAACAGGCGCGUGGCGCAAAGGGGUCGGGGCUGUAUUGAUAGAGUACGCUCGACAGUUCUGCCGGGAGAAGGGACAGAAGAUCUUAUACGCAGAUGCAUAUGCUGGGAACGAGCGGAGACUCGUCAAAUAUUACGAAACACAAGGCUUUCAUGUUGUUGACAACUUCGAGGCUAUAAAGCCGGACGGAUCUAUAUGGCCCGGGGUGUUCCUCCGCCUAGACGUGUCAGCUUCAUAAAGUAUCCGUUGGGCUUGGUGUAGCUCAAAGGAGGCCGAUAUGCAUUCUAUGUACAUUUUCGAGAGUUGGACAUACUAUGUUAUAACUGUACUAGAAACGCUCAUGCGAGAUCUCACUUGCAGGGUACAUCACUGGUAGCGGUUCAUUAUACGGGUUAAGCUUACUUUAUCAGGCCAUCUAUAGAAUACCACCCCGCAUAGCCUGGUUAGAACAUUGGAUACGGGUAUAGAUUAUUUCAGGACCUCUUUACAUGUCAAUUGGCUUUGCGUCAUAUAAGUAGACGAGAAUCAUCAAUCAACUAUCGUAUCUUACACUGAUACUUCAUGAUCCAGUACACAACAUUCACCUGGGUUAUCUCCCCUCAUGAAGAUACAGUAGUUCG